AUGGUUACGAAAGUAGAACAAAAGAAGAAAAAAAAAAAGACAAAAGUUAAAGCAUACGAUAUAGAUGAAUCUAAGAAAGUAUUUUUAUAUGCAUACGAAUAUCAGUUAAAAAAUGAAAAGAUUAAUUGGAAGAGAGCAGAAGAAUUAAAAAUAACUAAGCAUAGUGGAAGUUCUAUGAGGAGUCAUUAUAUAAAUACGAUUAAGCAUGAAAUAUCAUUAUAUUUAGAAAUGUAUCCUGAGGAGGUAGCUAAAUUGUUUGUUAAUGUGAAACAAUGGAAAAAAGAAGAAAAAAAAAAAAAAUUACUAGCUUUUCAAAAUAAUAUUGUUACACAAAGAUCUAAUAUAUCAUUGAAUAGGAUAACAAAAUGUAAAAGUACAAAUUAUAAUAAAUUUAAUUCAUUGGUAGUUAGUAAAUCAUUUUCAAUGAAAUAUAAACAUAUACACACCAAUAAUAAUAACAGAAGUGAAAAAAAUAAUAGUGCUAUUAAACUAAAUAAACCAAAUAAUAAAGAAAAGAAUAAACAUGUACAUAAAAAAAAAAUAGUUCAUGAUUCAAUAGAUAAAAACAAAAGUGUAAAUAAAAAAAUUGGGAAUGAUUCCAUAAAUAAAAAUAAAAAUGAUAAUAAAAAAAAUGUAAACGAAAGAGUAAAUAAAAAUAGAAAUGGUACAAGUAAUAGUACUACAAAAAUGUCAUUAAAAAAGAUUAAAGCAAAACAAGAAAAAGACACAUCAAAUGUAAUGAAUAUGGCAACGAGAUCUAGUGGUGAUACUAAUACUAAUAAUAAUACUAAUAGUGCUAACAAAUCUAAUAUUGUGACUAAAAAUAAAAAAGUAAAUAAAAAGAAAAAGAAAAAAGAAUCAAAAAACGAUAUAAAAGUAAUAAAAAGUACUAUAGAAAAAACUAAUAAAAAUAUAAAUAAUUCGUUUAAUAUAGAUAGGAUGGAAGAGGCAGUAGACAAUAAUAAUAAAUGUAAUGAAAAAGAUAAUAAAGAUAAUUUUAUAGGAUCACAAACAAAUGAAAAUAUAAAAAAAAACGUGCAAUUUGUAAAAGAAGAAGAUAUACUAAAAAUAAAAUUAGAACAAAUAAAAAUGAACCAAAAAAAAAAAAAUAUAUCCAAAAAUAACGACAACUGGAAGAAAUUAUUAUUACAAACAAAUUAUACGAAUGAUGAAAGAGAAUCUAACGUUUUUCCUGAAAAUAAAAAACCAUACACCAACUAUGUUGCAAACAGUGCAGUACCUACAUUAAAUAUGAACAAAAUUAACACCAUAAAUAAUGUAAAAAAUAUUAAUAAUGUUAAUAAUUCCUUUGAAUCUUACAAAUCUAAUAUAUCAAAUAAUGAUAUAAAAGAAAAUAAAUCAAAUGUCAUAACAUCCAUAUUUGGAUAUAUAUAUAAAAAGAUAUUUCGUUGA